AAAGACAGGGAAAGCAUGGGCCACCGGUACAUUGAGGUGCUCAAGUCCCACAGAACCGAAACGGAUUGGGUGUUGAAGCAGGGUCCCAACAGUGCCGACAGCGCCAACGACGGCUUCGUGCGGCUUCGAGGACUCCCAUUUGGAUGCACAAAGGAAGAAAUUGUUCACUUUUUCCCAGGGUUGGAAAUCGUGUCAAACGGGAUCACAUUGCCUGUGGACCCCGAGGGCAAGAUUACAGGGGAAGCAUUUGUGCAGUUUGCCUCCCAGGAGUUCGCUGAGAAAGCUCUAGGGAAGCACAAGGAGAGGAUGGGGCACAGGUACAUCGAGGUGUUUAACAGCAGCCAGGAGGAAGUUAGGUCAUACUCAGACCCCCCUCUGAAGUUCGUGUUGCUGCAGUGGCCGGGACCCUAUGGCCGGCCCGGGACCACCAGGAGGUAUACUGGCAUUGUGAAGCAGGCAGGCCUGGAGAGGAUGCGGCCCGGUGCCGACGGCGCAGGCUCUGGGGGCUAUGAGGAGUACAGUGGCCUCAGCGAUGGUUAUGGCUUCACCACCGACCUGUUCGGGAGAGACCUCGGUUACUGUCUCUCCGGAAUGUAUGACCACAGAUACGGCGACAGUGAGUUCACAAUGCAGAGCACCACAGGCCACUGUGUCCACGUGAGGGGUCUGCUGUACAAAGUGACCGAGAACGACAUUUACAACUUCCUCUCUCUUCUCAAUCCUGUGAGAGUCCAUACUGAGAUCGGUCCCGAUGGUAGAGCGACGGGUGAAGCAGAUGUUGACUUUGCUACUCAUGAAGAAGCUGUUGCAGCCAUGUCCAAAGACAGGGCCAACAUGCAACACAGAUACAUAGAACUCUUCUUGAAUUCGACAACAGGAGCCAGCAAUGGGGCAUAUAGCAGCCAGGUGAUGCAAGGCAUGGGGGUGUCUGCGGCCCAGGCCACUUUCAGUAGCCUGGAGAGCCAGUCAGUGAGCGGCUGUUAUGGGGCCGGCUACAGUGGGCAGAAGAGCAUGGGUGAAUAUGACUAG